AUGGCUCUUACAAAGGAUGAGACCCACCUGCCUGCAGACAUCCCCAGCUACCUGUCCUCUCAGGGCACGCUGGCGGAGCGGCAGGACGGCUACAUCCCCUCGGAGAGCGGCAGCAGUGAUCAGUACAUGUCUUCAUCUCUGAGCGGAUUCUACCUGCAGCCCAAAGACAUGAACGGAUUUUGUCAGUUGGACACAGGAAGUGAAACAGACAUGGAGGCAGCCAUUGAUCCUCUUCUCUGCCAUUAUCAAGGACCAAUCAGCUCACUGCUUCGGCGAGACAACAUGUACUCCACUGAGCCGUCAGACGUCUUCACAGGCUGCUCCAUGGACCAGAGGCCCGUCUACGUGGACUCCUACAGCGGCAGCCUGAGCAGCUCUAAAAUGAAGGACUACUUCCUGUCUGAGCACUUUGACCUCUGCUCCUCCUCGGUCCUGAUGCAGCUCCCCAACGCCAGCCUCCAUCUGGGCCCCCCCCACCAGCAGACUGACCGCCGCACCUCCAUGGAGGAGGCGGAGGCCAACAUGUACGGGAAACCUCACGAGGGUCUCUCCCCCUCCAGCACCUUCAUGGGAACGUUUGGGAAGGCCCCCUGGACCCCCCACAAGGACCUGUACCCAGGCUUUGGCCCGCACUCGGUGACGCAUCACGGAAUAACUCUACACGAAAAUCCUUACGCCGCUCCAGAUGCAGAUUCAGACCUGGAGGAGAGUCUCACCAAGGACUCUGUGUCAGAGCAGAGCAACAGCAUCUAUGAACAGCCGUUUGACCUCCUGAGGACGGACCCCCCCCCGCAGCGCAGGCCCAGCACCUAGCUGAGCUGGGUUUAAGGACCAAAAAGAGAAACCUCUACCUCACUGAACGGACACUUUGCAAUAAAGGACUCCUCAAAUGUGCAACGAGUGAAUGUAACAGACAAUGUGAUGUUCCAGAGAAAGAAAAGGGAGCAUGUUAGCAGCUUCAGUUAAAGAAUAUAGAUGAAUAUAUGCAUUUUUUUAUAUAAAGUUUAUUCUAUUUUGUAAAUUGUAUAUAAACAGAGUAUUUUUGCUUACCUUUUGAGUAUUUUGCAGCCCUGCCUGUUCAGUUAUUCCAGCUUUGAAUGAAACCAUGUUUUGCACACGUGUAAACAAUAAAGCAGCGCUGCCUUCAGA